CCCGGACACAAAAACCCUUUGUUGAAAACCCAAUCCCACCGUUUCGCUUCCUCCCGUCUUCUCAGUUCUCACCUCAGUCCUCUCCCCGCCUUCACCCACUUCAUUGACAUCUCAACCACCAUCCCUCACCUCUGCCGCUCUCUUCAUCAAUGCUACAAAACUCUAAAGGUUUACCCCGCAGCCCCGUCACAGCCACCGCAAAUCCUCGUAACAUCACCAUUUUUUGAGAGUAACACGACGUAGUGCUUGUAAGUUUAGAGGCGGAAAACUAAUACUCCGGAGUAAGAUUUCUUUCUUUCUUUCUUUCUUUUUUUGGCUAAGUUUUAAGUUGCAUAACUAUUGAAUGGCCUCGAAAUUCGGGUUGGCGGGUGGUAUACCGGAGCGUCGAGUUCGACCCAUAUGGGAUGCCAUCGACUCUCGCCAGUUCAAGAAUGCCCUCAAGCAUUGCACUGCUCUGCUCUCCAAGUACCCCAAUUCUCCCUACGCUCUUGCACUCAAGGCUCUGAUUUUGGAAAGGAUGGGUAAAGCUGAGGAAGCACUUUCAGUUUGUCUGAAUGCCAAAGACCAACUAUAUACCAAUGACUCUGUUUUGAUUGACGAUCUUACGCUGAGCACCUUGCAAAUUGUUUUCCAGCGUCUUGAUCAUUUGGAUAUGGCAACUAGUUGCUAUGAAUAUGCAUGUGGUAAAUUUCCCAACAGCUUGGAACUCAUGAUGGGCCUUUUCAAUUGCUAUGUACGUGAAUACUCGUUUGUCAAGCAGCAACAGAUAGCUAUUAAGAUGUACAAGGUUGUUGGUGAAGAAAGGUUUUUGCUUUGGGCUGUUUGCAGCAUCCAGUUGCAGGUUUUUUGUGGCAAUGGGGGAGAAAAGCUGCUACUUUUAGCUGAAGGUUUGCUCAAGAAGCACAUUGCAUCACACAGUUUGCAUGAGCCUGAAGCCCUCAGUGUGUACAUCUCUUUAUUGGAACGACAAUCUAAGUUUGGGGAUGCAUUAGAAAUUCUCGCCGGAAAGUUAGGGUCUCUUAUAAUGAUUCAAGUUGAUAGACUACGCUUACAGGGGAGGCUUCUUGCUAGGGCAGGUGAUUAUUCUGCAGCAGCUGAUAUUCUCCAAAAAGUUCUAGAGCUAUGCCCUGAUGAUUGGGAAUAUUUCUUGCAUUAUCUUGGCUGUCUGUUAGAUGAUGGAAGUAGCUUCUUCUUGGGUAAUGGCGGUAAUUCAAUAUAUCCUCCAAAGCAUGUGGGCUGCAAGAACUUGGAUUUGCCUGAUGAAGUGUUUGAUACUCGCAUAUCCAGGGCAUCAGUUUUUGUAGAGAAGUUAAUGGCUGAAUGCGAUAAUGCUUCGAUAAGGUCUCCACACUUGGCAAAUCUUGAAAUUCAAAAGAGGAAACUUAUAUAUGGAAAGGGAGAUCCUGGCAAGUUAGUUGAAGAACUAAUGCAAUAUUUUUCUAGGUUUGGUCAUUUGGCUUGUUUUACAUCCGAUGUUGAAGCUUUUCUGUUAUUCUUGGAUGAUCCUAACAAGAGUGAGGUUUUGGAGAAGUUGAAAGGAUGUGAAUUGACCAGCAGUUCACAAACAAAGGCUCUUGGUCAAGCCAUUACCAUCUUCAAAGUUGAAAAUUUAAUCGGCAACAUGUUUUCCCUUCCUGUUUGUGAACUUGAAGGUUUAGCAGUGCGAAUGGCAGAUAUGUAUUGUAAAAAUCUUCCCCUAUCAAAAGAUUUGGACUUGCAGGAAAAUAUGCAUGGGGAAGAGCUUCUAUCUAUGGCUUGCAACGUGUUGGUUCAGCUUUUCUGGCGGACAAGGAAUGUUGGUUAUUUGCUGGAGUCCAUUAUGAUUCUGGAGUUUGGAUUAACUAUUCGGAGAUACACAUGGCAGUAUAAGAUUUUGUUGCUUCACCUGUAUUCUUACUGGAAUUGUCUUCCUGUUGCCUAUGACUGGUACAAAUCUUUGGAUGUGAAAAAUAUUUUGCUGGAAACUGUAUCACAUCACAUCUUACCGCAGAUGUUGGCAUCUCCGCUUUGGUCAGAUUUGAAUGAUCUUUUGAGGGAUUAUCUAAAAUUCAUGGACGAUCACUUUAGGGAAUCUGCAGAUCUUACAUUUCUUGCUUAUCGCCACAGGAAUUAUUCAAAGGUCAUUGAAUUUGUACAAUUUAAGGAACGCCUGCAGCGAUCAAGCCAGUAUUUGGUUGCAAAGAUUGAAGCACCUAUCUUACAGCUAAAGCAGAAUGCAAAUAGCAUCCAAGAAGAGGAGUGUAUUUUGGAAAGCUUGAAAAAUGGAAACCAUUUCGUAGAGCUAUCUAAUGAGAUCGGGAAUAAAUUGUUGACCUUCAAUGAAGACUUGCAGCUACGACCUUGGUGGACACCAACAUUUGAUAAGAAUUAUCUUUUAGGACCAUUUGAAGGAGUAUCCUACUACCCUAGGGAGAACCUGAUCAAACAAACAGAAGAAAAUGUACUUAAAAACAUUGAGAAGAGAUCUCUACUUCCACGGAUGAUCUAUCUGUCCAUCCAUUGUGCUUCUUCGUCAUUGAAGGAACAUACUGAAGCCAAUGGUUCAGCAUUUGAUCCUAAAUUGUCAUUGGAGCUUAAAGUUCUGCUCGAGCGCUAUGCCAGGAUCUUAGGCUUUCCCUUUCAGGAUGCAAUAGAACUGGUUUUGGGGGUUUCAAGUGGGCAAAAGCCUUCAGAGGCAUUGAGCUCAGACCUGAUUGGCUGGAUUAAUUUUGUUGUGUUCCUAAAUGCUUGGAAUCUGAACUCUCGAGAGAUAGGGUUUUCAAAUAAUGACAAGCCAAGGCCUAGUACUUGGCAUCUAGUGAAUUCUUUGCUGAAGAAGUAUAUUAUUGAGAAGAUGAGAUCCACAGGACCCCUAUUGUCUUCUCCUGGUGGUGAUCUUCCUAUGUUGGUGCAGUUGGUAACUGAACCCUUAUCUUGGCAUAGUCUGAUAAUCCAGUCCUCUGUCCGGUCUUCUCUUCCUUCUGGGAAAAAGAAGAAGAAAGGUGGGGUUACAGAGCAGGCAAACUCUCACCACUCUCAUGAAAUACAAGACUCUAUCCAGAGUUUAUGUGAUGCAAUAAAGGAGGUCACAGAAUGGUUGAGUGCACAAAUAAACAAUUUAGACGAUGUAAAGUUUGAAACCAUAUUUUCCCUGCUCCAAGUAAAUGGGGAAGGUCAAGGGCCUGGGAGAAUUCUCCAUAUGUUUGAAAAUCUGAUUUCAUCUGUGGAUAAUACGGCGCUGGGUGAUCGGAUCUCCCAAGCUUUGCAGUCGUGGGAUGCUGUUGAAGUUGCAAGGAAAGUUGGGGCUGGGCAGAGCAGUGUACUGUCUCAGUUUCUUAGGAUUUGUGAAUCAAAAAUUAAAUCGCUGCAAGCAUUGAGGACGCAUUUGUAGCACACCCUGGGCUGCAGCGGCCUUCGAUAUUGCCGAGCUGGAAAUUUUGUAAUUGUUACUGAUUUUUUGACCACUAGAUUAUUCUCAUUGAUGUACAAGAAUAAAAGUUUUCUGAGUUGAGAUUUUACACGCUUGUAACGGUAAUUCUUUAAGAUGAGCUUUGGAAUGUAAAUUUUGAUGGUGAUCUUUUUCUAAGUUAA